AUGGCGUCGAACCUCAGCAAAGUUGCUGGAAUGGGUUCGUGUAUUAACGGUCACGUUGUUCAAAACGAUAGCGCGAUGUCGGAAGCACAAAUGGGACAAGAGAGAGUAGCCAUUCUAGAUGCUGGGGCGCAAUAUGGAAAGGUGAAAUUACCCUUUCACUUUGUUUAAAACGUAAUGAAAAAUAUACAAGUAAGCCAAAAGUAAUCGUAAUGUUUUUUUUUCAUGUAGAUUUCAUAAAGAAUUUAAAUGUAAGUUGCAUCGCAAGAAAUGGGUCGGUGCUUACGAUAAUUUUAUCUGGUUUUCGUAGAAGCACGAUAAUGAAAGAGAAAUAAAUGUGCAGUAGACAAGACUUUGAAAUCUGAUAUGUUAAACCAAAGAAUUUUUUUUUUUCUUUUAAAGAAGGAUGCAGUUAGAUCUAAGUGACCUUCUCGUGCUCUCGGUCUCAUAUCUCCUCCAGAUGUAAUAAUGGUUUUUCGACUAAAACGAUCCUUAAUUUGAGGUCUCGAGAAAAUUGGUCCCACGAGGGUGAAAUUUUGUAAAAACGUGAUAAAAAAACAGGCUGAUUUCGGUCAGUCAUGAUAAUUGAUUUUCUGUUUCGAAAUGUACAGUGCAGAUUAGCAAGGUCGGAUUGGUUAUUGGGUCUUAAUAAUUGUCUGCUGGUUACUCAAUUUCCAGUACAAGUUGUGUGCCUCAAAAAUAUUGGAAAUAACUCCAACAUCAGAAGUUGAUGUUUGAUUUGCAUGUUACACUGGGCAUGUAAAGUACUGCUUAGAUGUACGUUAACCAUAAAACUCACACAAAACAUGCAUAAAUUUGCAUGUAGGUAUGCACAAAUAAAAACGUGCCCUUCUAAAUUUCGUAUAUAUGCAUGUAAGCUUGACACAUUUGUCUCAUUGGUAUGUGUAAGCUAGCUUUGUGUUUUUCCAUUGUUGAAAGUAAAUUGUUCUAAAGGAUAGGCUAAUAGCAUGAAAACACUACAUGACUACGAGCUACAAGUAGACUUGUUCAUUUCAAUCACUGCUCGAAACAACCUUCCAGAUAGGGUCUUACUAAACCAAGGAUCAGCAGACUGCAGAACCUCUGGAGCUGGCAGAACCUGCGGAACCAUUAAUUUUUUGUAAGAAAAAAAUGAUGAAAUAAAAUAAAAAUUAAAAGUACUGUAACUGGUUAAAAUUUGUUUUUCGGGUAUAAAGAAGAUCACUGACGUAUACAGUGCCCUACUAGGGCUCAAAUCAGUUGGUGAUAGCCAAUCACAUUUAAAAAUUUUGUUAAAGCUGAUUAUGAUGAUGAUAAUAUUUCAAUGAUGAUGAUCAUGAUAGAGCAGUUUUUAGUCGUCAAAAGUUAUCUAGGCUAGAUUUUCCCCUCUUUAUCUAAAUAUUUCCAUGCUCACUAUCAAGGAUUCUAUGUAUUGAUCAUUUUUAAUAGUGCUGAAAUGUUUUCUUCAAUAGAUCAUAGAUCGCAGGGUCCGUGAACUAUGCGUGGAGUCAGAGAUGCUCCCCCUGGACACAUCUAUAUACACUAUAAGAGAAAAAGGUUUUAGGUAAGAGAAUAAUGUAAACUUCAGUUAUGAUAAAAGCUCUACUAUAGACACAGACAUUUUCAAAAUAAUUUAGUUUCCUGGCUGUGCAUGCAUAUCAUCUUAGAUGGUUUCCCCAAAAAUGUUUCCCUGGUUUUAACCCUUUGACUGCUAAGAGUGAGAGUGACCAAAGUGACUUAGCUCUCCUUUCAAUAUCACCCCUGAUUCAAAAAUUAAGGUCACCAGAAUGAAGGAAAAACCACAAACUACAGAAGAUGAUUGUUUAGCAAAUUCUCCUUGUCAGCACUUAAGGAAAUGUAUAGAGAACAGUAUGGAGAAUAUGCAUAUUGAUGUUAGGGAUAAUUUAAAAAGUUGAUAACUGUGGUCAGAAUGCUAUUUUGUGUGGCUCCUUACUGUUCAAAGAAUCAAUUAAGAGAUGUUAAGGGAAGGAAUGAGACUUUCAUUCACAGAAAUACAGUAUUUAUUUGAUUAAGCACUCAACCUUAUAUUACUGCUCAAGGAUGAAUGAUUAUUAUUAUUAUUUUUUUUAAUUUUUUUUUUUUACUGGCUUUUACAAUCUCUAAAUGCACUCCCUAUGGUCCAUUUUCAUUUAUUGUUAUUAUUUUUUGUUUUGUUGAAAAAUAAACUUACCAUUGCGGCUGAAAAUGGUGAAAAUUCAAUAAGAAAGCACCCAUCUCAAACAGGUGCCUACUCUCAAGAUCCCUAAAUUUAAUUAAGUGUCCUUGGUGCUUAAGCCAAUGAGUACAGUAAGUUAAUCUUAUGUUUCAUCUGUCACACAUACAAAAACAAUUAUUGGCCUCAUUGAUGUUGAAAGUGGUUGGUAUUUGCCUCCACUUUGGUGAAUGAUCAUUUGAUGGGCCUUUUUUACAGUGGAGUUAUGUGAUUUCUGUGGCAUACCUUUUCCUCUUAACUUAUCAAUUUAAUUUUUUUGUAUCUCAGAGCUAUUAUCAUCUCUGGAGGUCCAAAUAGUGUUUAUGCUGAGGAUGCUCCUAAAUACGAUCCAGCUAUAUUUACCAUUGGAAUUCCUGUCCUAGGGAUUUGUUACGGAAUGCAGGUAAAGCAGUGAUGUCAAAAAGGUUCUUUAGGCAUUAUCAACCAAGCAUUUCUUCAGAUGUAUGCUAAGCUCUGUAGGAAUUCAUUAAUCCUUCUCACCUGAAAAUCAGUAUGUAUAUUCUUGAGAAUGUUCUCCAUACAUUUUCUAAGGUGUUGACAAAGAAAAUUUGUUGAACAACCAAGACCUUCUGUAGCUGGUGAUCCUUUCCUUUAUUCUUAUAACCUUACUGGUUGACUCAGGGGUAAUACUGUUAGGAGAAAUCAGGGUGUGAAAUUGCGCCUAAUACAGGUACCAAUGCGACUAAAUUUUUCACUUUGGCGACCAGAAAUCCUGAAAAUUAGUUGCCAAAUUGGUGACAAGAAUGUUUCAUCAUAACCUUACUAAGAGAUAUGGAGAAUUGAAAUGAUUUGUAAAGAUAAAUCCAUGGCAACCUUCCUUGUUAAGUUUGGUUCCAAAAUGCAGCACAUGCAUCUCGAUCAAUGACUAGACACCAUCCUGGAUUUAGGUGAGCUUGAACGUUGUAUAUCAUCCAUCCUAGUGUCCACUUUGUAGCACGUUAAAGAUCUUUUCCCUAACUUAAUUUUGGAGGGUCUAUGUAAAACACUGACUGCGUAAGAAAAAGGUUUUGUUUGUCUUUGAAAAUGGCGACCAACUUUUGAAUUGGCUACCACUUUGAAGAAUUUAGGAGUCAAGUGGCUUUCAGAAAAAAAAAAUUAAUUUCACGCCCUGGAAAUUAGAAGACAGUUGCUCUUAAGGGUUAAAGGGUUGAAACACAAGAAAGAACAAGACCUAUAGUUGGGAACUACCUUGACCAAGUAAGCUUGGUCAAUAAUGGCUUCAUGACAUCAGUAAAAAUACCAAUAAACCUUUUUUUCUUUUGUCUGGUAACAAAGAUGUUGAACAAAGAGUUUGGUGGGACUGUGAUGAAGAAAGAUAUCAGGGAAGAUGGACAGUUCAACAUCAAUGUAGAAACAUCCUCGGCACUUUUCAGGUUGGUAAAGGUUUAUGUUUAUUAAAAGAAGCAUGUGCUGGACCAAGUCCAUGGAUAAAGUGCCUUUUAGAAGUUUAUGUGUAUACUGAUGGAAGCAACACUUACUCUGGCCAGGCAAUCCAAUGUUAGAUUAGCAGACUCAACCCCAAUUCUUUUUGUUUUGGUCUAAAAAGUCUGAUUUGUUGUUUUUUUUCUUUGUAUAGCUGCAAAAAAGUUGUUGCUAGUGACCAAUUUAUGAUUUUGGGCACCAGACUGCAACUUUCAAAAUUGCUGAGUUUUUAGCUCUGAUGAACUUUUUUUCCUUUCUCAGUUGUGGCCAGGGUCCUGUGCUAUUUCCCAUUUAAAAAUGCCUUGUCCCCUCUACUUGCUUAGUCGCUCUGUCACCAUUCACUUGCCUCUCAUCUCACUGCUUCAUUGCAGCAGAUUUUAUAUCCCUCAUGCACAUACCCUCUCUGGGAAGUUUCACUCUCCUUAUGGGUCACCAGAGUCAGCAACACACUUGAUGAUUUUUAUACAUCAAUUGCGGCGAACAUAAAAAAUUGCCAGGUGUGCCCAGUACAGAGGUGGUGAUUCUCAUCAAUCAGCAUAACCUGCAUUUAAAAUCCCUGAUAUCUGGCAUGUCAGAUAUUGGGGAUUUCAGCUAGCUAUUAAAUUUGCCUUGAUUGCAGAAUAAAAAUCAUCAAGUGUGGUGCUGGCCUAAGGAUAUGAUAUCAACAAAAUUUUUUAUUCAUGAAUGCACUCUUUGCAUGUAGAGUACUUUCCAGUGUUAAUAUUCAUCUCUUUUGAUUCAUCUAGAGGACUACAGUCAGAGCAAGAAGUUCUGUUGACGCAUGGAGAUUCAAUUGACCGCGUUGCAAGUAGCUUGAAAGUAAUUGCCAAGUCUGGUGACAUUGUUGCAGGUAAUGUUAAAGGACGCAUUUUGCUUCUUUUACCCUUUACACCCUAACAUCAGUAUGCAUAUUCUCCAUACUGUUCUCUAUACAUUUCCUAAGGUGCUGACAAGGAGAAUUUGUAUAACAAUCAAGAACUUAUUUUGCAGGUGAUCAGUUCCUUUCUUCUCCUGACCUUAGUGUUAGAUACUAGUCACUCUUAUGGGUUAAAGGGUUAAAAGGGUUAAAAAUCUCAUUGUGGUGACUCAGUAUAUCAUUAUAAGUGGUCAUCCUCUCUCAACACAGUGUUUAUGUUCUAGAACACAGGAUCACUUGAUGAGAAGAGCAAAUUUUCUCCUGAUAGUUCUUUUGUUAUUAUUAUCUUCUGUAAUUUCCAGAGUGAACUUUUUAAUAAGCAUCUUUCUCCUUUGAUAAGGUGUUGAGGAUGAGUCACGAAAGUUGUAUGGGGUCCAGUUUCAUCCAGAAGUUGAUCUCACAGAAAAUGGUGUUGUCAUGUUAAGAAAUUUCCUUUACGGGGUAAAUAUUCAAUGUCUAAAUUUGUAUUUUUUUUAUCUAGGUCUAGCUGGUUAUUAGGCUGUUUGGUCGCAUUUCCUUUGAUGAGAUGAUAGUGUAAAAGAAAACCUUUCCAUGGUCACUUUUUUGUUGGAAAAUGAUAUAAUAUUAACCUAUUAACUCCCAGAAGUGAUUAACAUGUAACUUCUCCCUAUAAUAUCCAUACAUCAUCCACAAAAUAGGUAUUGAGAAUAUUCAAACUUAUCAGGUAGAGGUUGUUUUCUUGAUCUAACAGGAAAUUCUUUCAACUAUUUGAGGCGUGAGUGGUCCAGUGGUCUGAGCGCUGGACUCUGGGUCGGACGGCCCGGGUUCGAGUCCUGGCCGGGGCACUAUGUUGUGGCCUUAAGCAAGCCGCUUCACUCACCUUGCUUCGUCUUCUCGGAUAAGACGUUAAGCCGGAGGUCCCGUCUCCUGCAGGGUUUGGGGUAGGAGACGUUAAUUUCCCACGUACGAGAUUACUGUGUGAUGGAUGUCCUCCCCUGGGUUGGGUUGGGUGGAUUUAAGAGGGGUAGUGCCCCGUAUGGGACUCCAUGUCCCGCUGCACUAACCCAAUUGGCGUCCGUCUAUUCGUAGACGUACCCAAUAAAGUUGUUAUAAAUGAUUUCAAAAGGAAAUGUACAGCAGCUAGAGGAGAAAAUUAGCAAUCAGACUUUGGGAUUAAAAGAGUUUAAUUGCAACUUUUCAUUUUUCUCAACUGUUACUAGGUUGCGGGAUGUUGUGGAACAUACACUGUGAUAAGUCGAGUAGACACCUGUAUUCAGCAAAUCAAGAAGAGUGUUGGUAACAUGAAUGUUUUGGUAAGUAGGCAUGAGUACUUAACCUUUGUCUUACUUGUAUGCAAAUCAGAAUUAGGCAUUUGAACCAGAGAAUUGAUUGCCAGUAGAACUAGUCCAAUUUAAGACUGUAAUCUUUGGCUUCUUAUUGAUUUCUCCUUGGAGUGUUCAUGUUACACUCUCAACCAAUUAAUUAAUUUUUAAAUUUAGAUUGAUUGAUUUUAUUUGAAUGUUUGUUUGUUUUUUUCAGGCAUUGGUGAGUGGAGGGGUAGAUUCAACAGUCUGUGCAGCUCUGCUUCACAAGGUAAUUUUGCUUUUUGCUUAUUUAUUAUAUAAAACAAGAAGAUUCUAUAUUUGCAGUGGGUCUGAAAAGUAAUAGAACACCAGGAUGUCAAAAAUGUGGUGAAAACAUCAGUGACGCACUCAGCUGUGCCUUGUGUGCUGCUUCUUAAUUCUUACCACAUUUUAUAGUCAUUUUUAACCUAUCACUAAUCCUUAAAAUCCCAAAAUCUGGGCCUAGAUGUUCAAAGGUGGAUUAGCACUAACCCAAGGUUGAACUGUAAUCCAGCUGUUUUUUUUUUUUUGUUAUUGCGUUUUGUUUCCGUUUUUGUGGUUAUUUGUUCUAUUCUUUUAAGAACAACCAAUCAUCAAAUUGUCGACAAAAAGAAUCCUACUAAAUUUUCCUUGAAAGCUUUCAAAUAUGAUUUCAAAUCAGAUUUCAAUGUCAUCUUAACCCAGCUUUGAGCAACCUAGCCCUGUUUGUUAAUUAUCCCCUGUAACUGCUACAGACUUUAAGAUCAUAACUUCUAGCCAAUAAGUUUGAGCGUUCUCAUUACCUGUUUGCUGGAUAAUGUAUGGAUAUUUUAGUGAGAAGUUAGAAGUUGACAUUUCUGAGAGUUAAAGGGUUAAUCAAAUGUAGAGAGCAUCCUCCUGUUACUCUACACUUUCUAACUGGUGCUACACUUUGUAGUGAAAACCCUAGUAAAUUACAGUGUAUUGCAGGCCCUUCGCCCUGAGCAAGUUGUGGCAGUACAUAUUGACAAUGGAUUUAUGAGGAAGAAUGAGAGUCAGGAAGUAGAGGAAUCUCUUAAACGAUUAGGGCUUAGAUUGAAAGGUAACUUUGGUUUGUAUUACUGGCAGAUGCCAUGAUCAGUGCACAGGACCCCAGGUUGAGAGGUCUGGGUUUAAUACCUGUCCAGGUCAUUGCAUUGUGUUCUUAGGCACCCAGGAGUGUAAAUGGGUACAGGAAAUAGUCAGGGAAGCCUGAUGAAAUGCAGGGAGGUAACCUUGCAUAGGACUGGCAUCCCAUUCAGGGAGGAGUGGUAAUACUCCUAAUCACUUCAUGCUAAGGAAACUGUGUUUGGGAGGGUCACCUGGCUCAAGAGCAAACUUAACCUUACCUUUUAGUUGCUAUUGAGAGAAACUGCAACAGUAUAAAUAUAAAUUUAAUUCAGCUAUUACCUCCAUGGCACAAGUUUCUUCCACUUGUGAGGUUGGUUUUUGAGGUGCUGUCUUUUGGUGCAGGAUAUAAAAACUGGAGAACUGGAGGACAAGGUCAAGAGCCACUCUCAGGGUUAACCCACAUUUGAUGUAAAGUUUAGGAAAUGAAUAUUUGUGGCAAUAUACUGUGUAGCAUGACAAAAGCCUUCACCAUUUUGCCAUCCAAGCUCACUCAAUUCUGUCUGUGUUGUUCCAGUUUUGAGCAAACUAACAAAUUCUAGGUAUUCUCAUCAAGACAUAACAAACUUGUAUGUGCAUUUUAGGUAAUUCCUACACCUGCAGCUGUUGCUUAGAUGGGCAGGCAAUGAUGGAAAAUGCCUCAGAUCACUUAGUCUCUUUUUUUGUUUGAUCCUUAGUUGUAAAUGCUGCAUUACGAUUUUAUAACAGCACAACCGUAAUAUCUGGUAAAAAAGACCAAUCGCCUGUUAAAAAACAGGUAACAAAAACCUUGAAUGUGACAACUGACCCCGAGGAAAAGAGGAGAAUUAUAGGAGACACAUUCAUCAAGGUCAGUCUCUUUUGAUAUGUCUUAAUUUGUUGUGAUGCACAGCUUAUUUGGGAGUGGGGAGUGGGGUUUAUUGGAUGGCAGGGGAAGGGAUGUUUCAAAAGAGGUUGGGGUUUAAAAAAAUCAUUGAGAUCCGCAAUAUUUACAAACUGUCAUGAACCCUUUUGCAGUAUACAGAAUUUCUUGCUAGGAAAACCCAAACUAUCCAAAUUACAGGCUUCCAAUAAUUCCUCUUUAGGGAAAAUACCAGUUUAUGGAGCAUUUCAUUUGACAUGUGCUUUGGCUUGUUCCUUUGUGUUAUGUUUGUGUUAUCGACAUACUCAGCAGUCAGUGCACUUCACUUUUCGACAUUGAUAAAGAGCAUACUUUUAUUUAAGUUUCAGAACGUGACUGAAUAAUCAUGAAUCUUAAUAAUGAUGGAUUUGAUUUCAGGUUGCCAAUGAAGUAUGCAAGGAGUUAAACCUUGAUGAGACCAAUACGUACUUGGCACAAGGUUAGCAGUACAAUGUACUUGUUAACCCUUUGGUUGCAAAGUUUGAAAUUGUUUUAUUGGUAUUAAUACGUUUUGUUCAGCAUUGUUCUUUCGUCUACUGCCGUGACGUCACGACCGAAUAAUUUAAACAUAUUUUGACAGCUAUGGAGCUCCACUGUUGAGUGAACGCUUUCAACCGUAGUAAUGCAGACAGCUCUUUACAUUAGACACUGGCGGCAAUUCCACAGAAUUUGCCAUGGUUUUUAAAUGGUUUCAUCUUUUUGUUUGUUUGUGUUUUCAAUAAUAAUGAUCUACAGGUACUCUUCGACCCGACCUUAUUGAAAGUGCUUCAUCACUGGCCAGUAACAAGGCAGAUGCCAUCAAAACUCACCAUAAUGAUACAGACUUUGUUAGAAGUUUACGCGCACAGGUGAGGUGGAGCCCACAUAGCUUUCUUACGGGAUGAUCAGUUGAGUAGAAAGUUCUUACGUUGGCCGUUGUGCUCAGUUGUCGGUUAAGUCAGGACUGUUACCUUUGCCUCGCUCCCAAAAUCUGAUGUUGAAGUGUGGGGUUUCAGGGGGUGCUGGUGCCCAUUCCACUGUCCAAAACCGCCAGAGAAAGAACCGGAAGUGGCCGCGACAGCCUGGCCAGACGCCCUUUGGGCUUUAGCUCUAAUUGCACGGGUUCAAACCCCGUUGGAGUCUAUGUUUUUUGGAGGCUUCUUUUUCUAAAGUUUUCGUUCGCAUGUUAGUUACAGUUGGUUACUUGCCAAUAUACAUGCAGGACAUGUAUUUCAAAGUUAAUUCCUCCUGUGCAUAAGUUCGUAAUUGAUAGGGCGCGCUGCGAGAGUCUGAAUCAUUCACACUUACUUUUUUAGGGAAGAGUCAUUGAGCCCCUGGUAGAUUUUCACAAAGAUGAAGUCAGAGCACUUGGAAGGGAGUUGGGUUUACCAGCAGACAUUGUUCAAAGACAUCCUUUCCCUGGCCCUGGUCUGGCUAUUCGUAUCAUAUGCGGUGAUGAACCUUAUCAGGGGAGCGACUUUGCGGAAACAAAUAUCAUCCUGGGACAGAUUGUAGACUUUGUUACAGCUAUUAAGAAGGUGAGCCGUUUACGUACAAGAAUCGUUUGUAUCAACCUCGAAGGUUUUAGUGCCUGGAGCUCGUAUGGCAGGCCUAAAGUCUGUUCUCGAGAAAAGCACUCAGUAUGCAUAAUCUCCAUUCAUAUUCUCUAAGGUGCUGACAAGGUGGAUUUGGGUAACAAUUAAGAGCUUAUUCUCGUGACCUUUAUGUGUGAUUCAGGGGUGAUAUUGUGAGUUGAAAGGAGUAUAGUUCAAAUGGUUUAACUGUUUAUUCUUGAUGGGUUUUUUUUAGCCCCAUUCGCUGUUCAGUCGGGUGAAACUGAGUACAUCAGAAGACGACAGAGAAACCCUUUUGCAGAUAACAUCAAAAUACAAAAUUGGUGCCACCCUGCUGCCAAUCAAAUCAGUUGGUGUCCAGGGAGACGGACGGACCUACAGUUAUGUGGUGGCUUUAUCGAGCAACGACUCACCCGACUGGAAAUCACUGAUGUUCCUCGCUAAACUAAUCCCCAAAGUUUGUCAUAAUAUCAACAGGUGAUUUUCUUUUACUAUAGUAGCCUUAUACCAGGCUCCCCGGCCGGCAGAGGAUGGAGCUAAUGACUGGAGAACUGGGCCACAAGAAGUGUCGAAGAAUCGAGGAACUGGGAAGGAGUAAUUGCAGUACCGUGAUGCUGUGACGUGAUUGGACCUCCCCAGUUUCCAUCUUUUUGUCGCUUUUUUUUCGUCUCGUUCUCUAGUUAUUAGCCUCAGUCCCCACUCUUGGGGUGUAGUUUCUACUAGCACCAUUAUAGCCUAUGUUCUACCUUACGAAGGUUCAUUUGGUGAUUGUUAUUCCAGACAUUCGUUUAUACAGCUGGAAGUAUAUAUAAUUUACUCCAUUAACUCUCUAUCAUAUGGCUUGCAAUGACUUCAAAGUUGCAAUACUUACUUUUUCUAUCGUCUAAUUUCUUGUUACGAGGAUAAUUGUUCCUUUUAAUACAAUUUUUAAGUCGGUAUUUUUGUAAACGGAUUGAUUCAUUGAAGGCCUCAUCUGAUGUAGUUGCACAUGUAGGUAUGCGAGACAAAGAGAUUAUCUACCCCCUAGCCCCCCCCCCCCCUUCAAGUCAUAGAGAUUAUUCAAUGGAAGAUGCGUCCGUACAAUUUUUAUUCGCGAGUUGCGAUGCAUAAUGAAAACGAACGAGUUUGCGCGGCGAACGAGUGAGGGAUGCAUUACAACUAGUGAAGAAAAAAUCGUUCAAGCAAUUUUCGUGGUAUGAUGUUUUUAUUUCAUACGAAUUGAUAUUUUUUCUCACUGACCGACACAUUUCAAAGAUUGGAAGCCCUUUGUUUCCCUCCUGUGAAGGUGCGACAAUAGUUUUGGCAGAUUGGGUAACUCUGACAUUCAGAUAAGGGGUUUUCUCAUGUGAACACUUUUAUUCCAACGUUGAGGCUUACAAUUUUUUUCCUUCAUAUUUUGUUCAGAGUUUGUUACACGUUCGGCAAGAGAAUCAAGUUCCAGAUUCAAGACAUCACCCCCACAUUCUUGUCACCAGGUGUAAUAAGCACUUUAAAACAAGCAGACCACGUGGCGUAUUCUGUCAUUCAAAAACAUGGUAAGGAACUGCUGUUGUCUAGUGUGAUAUGAAGGGGGGAAUGGCUUUAAUAAUGGUGUGAACACAGGGGUCGAACGUUUGCGCUUGUAAGAAAGUUGUAAUGAUUUGUUUUUAAGAGCCAAAAUGUCCUACACAAGUAACAGACAAACGCACGCCAGUAAGACACUGUGUCUUAGAAGUGUAUAGCUUCUUCGGUAAAGCUUAAAACAAAAUAGUAAAUAUUUGGGAAGGGAGGGUGAGAAGGAACGUCACAUAGUUCUCUCCCAAAUACUCAUAGUAGAUUUCUUAGGGUGUUUCUCCAGAGAUCGCCCCACAAAUGAAUGGAACAGUUGGAAAAUUAAACAAGAAUGUUUACUUUAUCGUGUAUCUAUUUUAUUUGAAUUUUUUCUCCAGGUAUUGUAGACAAAAUAAGCCAAAUGCCGAUUGUUUUGAUACCAGUCCACUUCGACCGCGAUCCUAUCGACCACAUUCCAUCCUGUCAGCGGUCUGUUGUGAUCAGAACGUUUAUUACGAGUGACUUUAUGACAGGAGUGCCCGCUACACCUGGGAAGCAAAUUCCUAUCGAGGUAAAAAUCUCACUUUAUAGAGAGCUUCCAAAACAGGCUUAAAUUCUUAGCUAUUAAGGCAAGCAGAAGCAGACGCGAGAAAAGCGCGAGUUUAGCGCGUGGAGAAUUUUUUUCGCGUUCCUCCUGUCGCGUGUGACUCGCCUCUUGCAUUCGCCUCUCGCUUGUCUGCGCACGCCUGAAGAACGCAUGGUUUUUUGGCUAUUUUAGAGAGCGCCAGGUUAUAUUGAGUGUUGUAAUACUAGACCAAGAUAAUAAUCACAGCCAACCAGUGCGAAGGUAAAUAUCACGAGAAGCCAGUGAAAACUCUAGGUGAAAACAACCGAACUUCCCUAUGCGCGAGAAGAUGCGGGUCGAUGGAUUUUUCAACAAUGUUCACUGAGGCGAUUAAUUUUUUUAGUACAAUUGCUCAGGUACCUUCAAAUUCGUUGUAAUGUCUCUAAAUAAAGAAAGCAUUGGGCAUAUUACGUUACAAUUGUGUUUUAACAGGUUUGUCUUAUUUAAUCAGCAGAAACAUCACAUCUUACUUUUGAGAAGUGUUCCGUCGAACUCGGUAGCAUGUUUUGUGCUCUUCGCAAUUUAAUUUUCUUCUAUCGCUUUUAUUACUUCCUCGGACACAUUGACAAAAUGCCGGGCAGCCAAUGUGAAAUUCAGCACCCCUGCUAUAAUCACCUCGCGCGAGUUGAUUGUAGCGAGAUAUGGUGCAAUCCUCGACCAAUCAGAGCGCGCGCAUCUCAAUCACCAAGCAAUUAAUAUAUUUUAUUUCUUUUUCUCAGGUUUUGAAUGAAAUGGUGGCAUCUUUGAAAGAAGUACAAGGAAUUUCACGAGUUCUCUAUGAUUUGACUUCCAAGCCUCCAGGAACGACAGAGUGGGAAUAGAAUAGAGGUUUAUUCUUUGCUCGGGAUAGUGAGAUUUAAUUCUCUUUAUUUAAUAUCGAGAUUAAAACCCUUAACAUUCAAAGAAGUGUCGCUAGAGUGUAAUUGGCCAGACGACAGGUACAGUCAAAAUUGUUCUUUUUUCUUAAAAAAUGAUUUCGAAUUGUUAAAUGUUAACUUAUUUCCAAAAUUUUCUUUGAUUCAUUUAUUUCUAAAAAUGGAAAAUUCUACUAUUUUCAAUAACUCUUUUUUCUUUUUUACAAAUCUAAAACGAUUGUCGUAGGUAUCAAAAUUGACUUCCGAAGGUAACUUCCGCCUAAUAUAUAUGAGGGACCUUAAGCAGUCACGACGGCAACGCCAAGGAAGAUUUCGAUUAAAAAAUGGAUUUCUGCCUUUAAUUAGAAUUUCAAAAACGGCUGCAUGUGUUUACCGUCUCCUACAGCGUCACACCUCAAUUUCAGCACAACGUGUAAAAGAAGCGUUGAGUUCCGAAUGGAAAUUAAAAUAAUUUGCCGUCGCGGUUUCGGUUCGCAGACGAGCAGAUUGUGAUGAUUUCAUGUUAUUGUUUUGCAUGAGACGGCUAGGAAAUGUACAAAGUUUUAAAACGCACGUGCUAAGCUAUUGUUCUCCCAAUUAGAUCUUUUGUUUUUCCAUGCCCUCGUUGCCGUCGCGGGUUGCUUAACGUCCCCAUUUUGACUUCCGUAAACGUUUGUAAAAUUUGGCGGUAAAAAGUUGGCUACAGCAAUUUGUGGUUAAUCUAUGUAGGCCACAAUGUAUUUUCUCGCGUUCAGCGUGAAGUACAAUUUGUUCUGUCAUGCCUCUCUACGUUUUACCGAUUGGACCAAAAUGUGUCACGUUCCAUGGGUCAAAACUCACCAACUUCCCAGAGAAGCAACGCACGUGAUCAAUUCUGGCAUCUUGAAACCUACAAACUUUUUCAUUUGCAAUUAGGAUUUGGAUCAUUUCUCAAUGUAGACAUGAGCUUUAAUGGAUACGUACAUAUUUUUUUUCCUAAUUUUUGAGUCAGGAGGUAUAACAUAAUGAAAGGCUACAGGAAAAGAUGAAUAUAUUAAGAGGAUCUCGGUCAAAAAUAACUCACUGGUCUCCUUCGGACCAGUCAAUAAUUGCUUAUUGUUCUUUAAUGUGGUAAAAAAUUCGCAUAACGAAUCGG